AUGGCUGAUUCAAAGAAGAAAAGCAAAGCUGCAGAGUUGGCAGCAAAAAAUCUUGCACAGAUACAAAAGAUAGAUCCUUGCGCCAACAAACUAUUGGAUAAGGUUAGAUAUUCAUAAUUGGGUCUCCUAAUUGAAUCUCUUUCUAGGUACCACACACCGCAUUGUACAAAUUUCAAAAAGAUAAAAGGUCUUGGAUGAAGACGGAUAUCGAGGGAACAAUGUUCGUCUAUCAACGCUGCGAUCGACCGUUUUUCAGGCUAGAUCCCAUUUUCGUUCCUCUGUUCUGAAGCUAAUUUUUUUUUCAGUUUUUUGAUUGCAAAUCGACAAUCCCCUGAAGAUUUCAUUGUACCUAUCGGACCCAAUUUGCAGUUCAAAAGUGACAAAAAAUACCUUUUCAUAUGUACACAAGAUUGUGAGUGAACAGUUUUUCAGAUUUCAUUAAAAAGAUGGCUUAGGCUCGAUUAAUGUUUUAUGGUUCUAUGAAGAAGAUGAUUGCGCGCGAAUCGCAAAUCUACUUGAAAAGCUACUGGAAAAGACGAAAAAAACGGUAAAAAGCUAUUUUUUACUUUCUUAUCAAACAUUUUGGAGGAAACUUCGGCAGAAUCGAACAAUACGACGGAUAGCCGAAGCCAGCAACUACUGGAUCUGAUCAAGGGAGGUCAGCACAAUCAAAUAAAACACGUGAGCGACGUGGAAACAAAAGAUUUCGAUGCUGGGGUUCGCAAAAACGCUUUUUUUUAAAUAUUUUGCAUACGAUUUCAGACCGGAUAUGGGAAAUCAACAGUCACUAAAACGUCAGCUGAAGGGAGCUCGAAUUCAAUGCCAGUUCUCCUCCAAAAGCUCAUGAUCCAGGAACAACCUCGCACCGUUCUCAAGGUGCAUUUCGGAUAAAUGAUUCCCCAGAACGGUACUGACUUUUCAGGAGCCAGGAACUGCCAUGCUUUCUGAUGAGUUGGAGAAAGAUUUGCUGAAGUCAGCCAAGCCGAAAAACAUCCUUUUUCAGGUAUUUCUAUUGUAGAAAAUAAUCUUUUUUGGUUUUCUGAAUAGGAAGUGUUAAAUUGGAUCUAAUAAUGAAACUAGCCCGUGGGUCCAAUAUUUUCUUCUGGUCAUAAAAAUUGCAUGGAAAGUUUCCUUAUUAGGAAAUCCCGAUAUGAAUGAACUUGAGGAAUAGGAUUUUCAAUUUAGAACUUGAAAACGAUAAAUUAUCAUCAUUUUCAAAUUGUUUUGGUGUUUCAAUCAAUGUUAUGGAAAAAAUAAGUAUUUUACAAACUUUACGAACUUCGUUUUUUGAUAAAUUACAUCAAUAAAAGUUUUCAAACUGUUUUCUAGCUGAAAAAAAAAACAAUGGGCAACAGUAAAAACUCGAAUAGGGUUCAAUAUACUGUAAUACACUGUCUGGUCAUCAGAAACUCUGUGAAGAUCGAAUGUAUGCUUCAAAAAAAAGUUCCCAGAAUAGGUAGAUUUUUCAGGAUUUCGCCAACUCUCCAUCCGCAGCUUCGUUGGCUGCUUUUUCGACUAGGUCCGUGCACGGGAGCGAAGGCGAAAACGAACAAGAGAUCGCUGAGGUGCAAACCUUUGGGAUUUCAAGUAUUAGAGUUGUUUGCAGACGGAAUCGGUAGCGCCUGAAAGCUCGUUCGUCAUGGGCUCGGGCACGAACACGCCUCCGCUGAACAAGGAACAAGUGAAACUUGCAUCUUCCUCAUCGUUCAAGCUAUUUCUUGUUACAGUUCGCCUCGGCGUUGCUCCACCUCAUGCAGACCGACGAUCAGUUUCUUUGUCAAAUCCACCAGGUCCCCGUUACAAAUAUUUUAUCGAUUUUUUCAUUGUUUCCAAUGUACAUUUUUCAAAAAUAAGUUUGCAGGCUUACAUCGACGCGAUAAAUCGUCGCCUUCGUUUGGACGGUAAUUGA